AUGUUGAAAAUCGGAUUUUUCGGUGCCGGCAAAAUGGCUCAGGCUUUGGCCAAAGGUUUCUUGUCGGCCGGUCUCGUCAAAGGAGAAAACAUCACAGCCAGCUGCGCCCCACAAGACACGCAAUGCGUCGAAGCUUUCGAGGGAUUCGGAUCGAAAGUGACUUUCGACAACCAGUCUGUGGCCGACAACUCCGAUGUCCUACUGCUGGCCGUUAAACCGUCCGUGGUCAAGACGGUAUUGGACCAGAUCCGCCCGAAUUUCACGUCCAGCAGACACCUGUUGCUGUCCGUCGCCAUGGGUGUCACCGUAAAUCAGCUGGAAAACCUCUUACCGGACGGAUCGAGGGUAAUGCGAGUAAUGCCCAACACUCCUGCCUUGGUUCAGUGCGGUGCUUCCGUGUACGUGCCGGGCAAUCGGGCGACGGUCGAAGACGAGAAGCUGACGGCAAAACUUUUGUCGUCCGUGGGCACGGCGGAGCGCGUUCAAGAGUACUUGAUGGAUCCGAUCACUGCUCUCAGUGGUUCCGGUCCGGCAUACGUGUACGUGAUUAUCGAAGCUCUGGCCGACGGUGCCGUUCGCAUGGGCAUGCCUAGAGACAUGGCCUAUAGAUUGGCGUCGCAGACUGUCCUGGGCGCGGGGACCAUGGUUCGAGAGACGAAAGAACAUCCGGGAAAACUCAAGGACGACGUUACCUCACCAGCGGGUUCUACGGCGGCCGGUCUCUGUGCUCUGGAACAUGGCGGUCUAAGGUAUACAAUCAUUGACGCUUUGGAAAAAGCUACGGAAAAAUGUAAGGAAACUUCAAAGGCGCUUUAA